AUGGAGGAUAACACUGCUCUCUCUAGCGGCGUUGCCGAUGACUCCCUCGCAGGCACCACGGGUCAAGAUGCCCCCGGUGAUGUGAUCAACGCUUCCGAUGCCCCCGCCUCCCCCAAGGCGCAGAAUGCCGAUGGCGAACUUGAAGACGAGGAAAUGGGCGGCACCGAGACCGAGACGAAGAAAGAGAACGACGGCGGCGACGAGCUCGCCGACCCUGCUGCUCAGUCGGGCGCUGAGGGUACCGCCGACGAGCAGCCCGCGCAGGGCAAAGCGUCGGUUGAGAACUCCGCACGUUCGCAACUCGUUUCGCAGACACAUGCCAUCAUUCUCCCCAGCUACUCCACCUGGUUCGACAUGCACACGAUUCAUCCAAUCGAGAAGAAGGCGCUAGCGGAGUUCUUCAACGGCAGAAACCGAAGCAAGACACCCGCGGUCUACAAGGACUACCGUGAUUUCAUGAUCAACACCUACCGACUGAACCCCAUCGAGUAUCUCACAGUCACCGCGUGUCGCCGCAACCUUGCGGGAGAUGUGUGUGCGAUCAUGCGCCUUCACUCGUUCCUUGAGCAGUGGGGUCUGAUCAACUACCAAGUGGAUCCCCAAACCCGGCCGUCGAAUAUCGGACCUCCGUUCACUGGUCAUUUCCGAGUCAUUGCCGACACACCCCGAGGCCUUCAGUCUUUCCAGCCUGGACCGAACACUUUUGUCAAGCCUGGAAAGCCUCUCUCCGCCACCGACCGUGCCGCUUCGUCCACCCCCGCACCCAAGGCCGACCUGAACCUAGAAAUCCGGCGCAACGUCUACGAUGAUAAGGGCAAGGAGAUCACACCUGCCGCUGAGGACAAGGAGAAGCAAACAAACGGAGAGGGCUCGGGUGCCAACGGAACGGCAGGUGAUUCGACCAAGGCGAUCGAAUCCGCGGCCAAGGACCCUCGGAAGAAGUUCCACUGCUUCUCGUGCGGUAUCGACUGCACUGGCCUGCGAUUCCACUACGCCAAGUCGACCCCGGCUGCGAACCCGGCUGCCCCGGAUUCCAAGUACGACCUGUGCCCCAACUGCUUCCUGCAGGGCCGGAUGCCCAACAGCCACAGUGCCUCGGAUUUCGUCAAGCUCGAAGACAGCGGCUACUCUGUUGUGCCCGACAAGGAUGCACCUUGGUCGGAUGCGGAACUGGUGCUCCUGCUCGAAGGACUGGAGAAUUUUGACGACAACUGGGAGCAGAUCGCUAGCCACGUCGGAACCCGGACGCGAGAAGAGUGUGUGAUGAAGUUCCUACAGUUGGAGAUCGAAGACAAAUACAUUGAAGAUGUACCGGAGGUGCGAGCAGGAGCCGGACGAGAGCCCAUCAGUCAGGCCGAGAACCCCGUUCUGUCGGUAGUCGCCUUUCUGGCCCAGAUGGCCGAGCCCGCUGUGGCUGCUGCCGCCGCUGGCCGCUCCGUCGAAGAGAUCCGCAAGGAGCUCCGGAAACAGCUCGAGAAGGGCUCGGGAGACGACAAGAGCCAAGACAAGGGCAAGGAGAAGGAAGGUGCUGAUGUGAAGACCGAGGACUCUAUGGAUGUGGGCGAGGAUGCGCCUGCAGAGCUCGUGGAAUCCGCCGCUUCCGAAGGCCAGCCCAAGUCCUCGUUGCCCACUGUCGCUCUCGCCGCCUCCGCUGCUCGUGCUGGUGCUCUUGCUUCGCACGAAGAGCGCGAGAUGACCCGCCUGGUCUCUGCCGCCGUCAACGUUACCCUGCAGAAAUUCGAAGUCAAGCUGCAACAAUUCAACGAGAUGGAGGAGAUCAUCGAAGCCGAGCGCCGCGAGCUUGAAUUGGCUCGCCAACAGCUCUUCCUGGACCGUAUGGCCUUCAAGAAGAGAGUCAAGGAAGUCCAAGAUAACCUGCAGGCCGUCACCCUCAAGGGGCCCGGUGAGGAGGCCAACAACAUGAUUGCCGAUGCCGCUACGACGGGCAUUGGCAACCGCUUCAACUUCCAGCCUGGUCCCGGUGAAGCCCGAGCUGAUGCUCAACCGCUCAGCGCUGAGGCCGGCGCCGACUACAAGACGCUGGACCUGUAA